AUGGCUGCCGAUCCUCAGCGCCCGACGCUGAAGAAGCGUCGUCUGUCUACAUCCACGGACAUGCAAGCGGCCAUCGCCCAGCCCGGAUCCAUCAAAAUCAACGUUACAGGAGCUUACAUUAUCGAUCACGAAGAUGACGACCAAUCUCCCGAAAGAUCUCCCACAGGGAGUAGCACCUCCGAAGGCGGCGAGGAGCAAUCAUUCCAACAUCACAAACGUGACAUACGCUUACCAAACCACACAUCUGUCGUCUCACACGUURCCGCAGACAUCGGUGGCUCUCUUGCGAAAGUCGUUUACUUCACAAGGGAAAAUGGAGCCGAGAGCGGCGGCCGUCUAUCGUUUCUGUCGUUUGAGACAGAGAAAAUCGAUGACUGUAUCGAAUACCUUCGCACUCUGCAGAUCAAGCAUCAGGCCAAUGAACGCAUAUCCGGAGGUCCAGCGACCAAACUGAGCAUCAUGGCUACCGGUGGCGGCGCCUUCAAAUUCUACGACCGAAUCCGCGAACGACUGGGUGUAGAAGUGGAACGGGAAGACGAAAUGGAAUGUCUGAUCAAAGGGUUGGAUUUCUUCAUCACGACCAUUCCAAACGAAGUGUUCGUCUUCAAUCCUACUCCAGAAUCCGACGGUGAUGAGGAGGCGGAAGUCGUCUCAUUUCAAGAUCCUCGGAGCGAUGUUUAUCCUUACCUUCUGGUUAACAUUGGGUCUGGAGUCAGCAUGAUCAAGGUAUCUGGCCCUGCGCAAUAUCAACGCAUUGGAGGUACUUCGCUCGGGGGUGGAACGCUCUGGGGUCUACUAUCCCUCCUCACAGGCGCAAGAAACUUCGACGACAUGCUCGCCAUGGCGGACAAGGGCGACAAUUCUGCGGUGGACUUGCUCGUCGGAGACAUCUAUGGUGAGGGAAUGGGAUAUGAGAAGAUUGGGCUCUCGGAAAGGACCAUCGCAAGUUCUUUCGGUAAAGUCCUAAAGAGGAAACGUGAAGCCGAGCGAAGAGCAGARGAUGGAAGUGGGUGUAGCAAUGGCGAUGCGAGUGAGAAAGCUGCACGAAAAUCAGAAUUCACGAAUCUGACUACGGAUAUGGAUGUUGACGCCGGAAGCGGACUUGUGGGCGAUGGGAGGAUGUUCAAGCCAGAGGACAUCAGCCGAAGUCUGCUCUACGCGAUAUCCAACAACAUUGGGCAGAUCGCAUAUCUGCAGUCAGAGAAACAUGAUCUGAAGAGGAUUUAUUUCGGCGGCUCGUUCAUUCGAGGACAUCAACAGACAAUCCAUACCCUGUCUUUCGCCAUCAAAUUCUGGAGUAAAGGCGGAARGCAAGCGUUCUUUCUGAGACACGAAGGGUAUCUGGGAGCUGUUGGUGCGUUCGUGAAGCGUAAUCCUCCGAGCUGGGGGAGAGGUAACGGGGGCACAGAUGAGGAAGGUGGUGUGGAUGGUACAGAGAAGACGAAGGAGAAUGCGUGA